AUGCCCCCCAGCCACUACGCAUCCCCGGCAGUGCCUUUACCGCCACACCAACACCAGGCAAAAGGCUAUCAUGCGUCCACUCUGCCCUCGAGUCAUUCCCCACAUCAUGCAGCCGGAAGUCUGUCUUCAUCCGGAACGGCGACGUCGACCAACAUUUCACCGCACUUUGGGCAUCAUUAUGAGCCGCCAGGUCACUUCUUUCUCAACUCCCACCAUACGCAGAACAAAGCCUGGCCCAAUCUACCGUCCUCCAGCCAUGCUCACCACAGGCGACAUAGAGACGACCAUUUUGAGGAGAUUCCCUACCACAUGUUGACAGUGGCCAUCGGAAGAGCUAGCUCUCUUGGCCUGAGAGAUGUUCUCAGGCAAGCGGCGGCAAACAGGAAAGCUUUAGGCAAAAACCGCUUCGAGACGAGACCAAAUCUGCAGCUGAGAAGGAGUAGCAAGUCUGGUGGCGAUCUCCUCGAGAGGCAAGACAACCUACCAUCUCCCUUUAAGCCCCUUACUUUCGACUCGCACGCCUUGCUCACUACACCGCCGCUUCCCCCUGUCGAUCAUAUUCGGCAUCCCCCUCGAGAUGGUGACUUUUUUGCCGGGUUUGCGCCUCCGACUGAGAGUCUCGGGGAAGACUUUAGACCUGACGGUAUCCCCAGAAGCUCUAGUGCCCCCAGUGUGCCCCUUCUGGCCAUGGAAAGGCGCAAGAGCGAUGCCAGCGAACCGAGCGCCUUACCUGGCGACAACUCUGCUGUUUCUGGUGCGAGACCAUCAUCCUACCAUCACAACGAUGACUCUUUCAACAAUCGUGGCGGUGUCAUCUUUGACGGUUCGGAGCCCCGGGAAUUCACCUCAUCCCCUAGAUCCUCUUCAUCUGUCCAAUCUCAGCACCAGACCAUAGCAGCGUCGCGCCGGGCCACAGUCAAAGCCCGUAAUCUUUCCGACCAAAUCCAUACCACACCGCGACACCAUAGGCUGCAUCAAGUAAUUCCCGAUGCCUCUGACCUCUCUUCCUACCUCGGCCCUGAACUGUCUGCUGCUCUCCAGAAGCGUAUGAUGGAGAGCGGGAGCUCUUCCCUAUCUGGAGCUGGUGGCUCGGGAGGCGAAGCUCGGUUGAAGGGCCUGAGCGACAAAGUCUCUCCAAGGCUGGAGCUCGAGGUCACUAGCGGCGGAUUGGGGGGUAGCUCGAUUGCACUCGGGAGCCGGGGAAAACAAAAAGAGCAUGUGACAGAAUCGGAAUGGAGCUUUGAGGUACCAAUUCUGGAGGUCAUGUCACAGGCUAUCAAAGGAAAGAUGGAGCUUCUGGAAGUGAAGGAGCAUUAUCAUUUGGCUGAGUGA